UCCACUGCACUCCAGCCUGGUGACAGAGCGAGACUGUGUCUAAAAAACAAAAACAAAACCACCACCACAACAACAAAAAAGGAGGGCAGGAUAAAGCUCUGAGAGAUUCUGUUUUCUGAGGCCUAAAGAGCCCCAACAUUCUAACACAGGACUAUCUUUCACCUUCAUCACUCUGAUGCUGUUCCAAAGCUGCUUUGGGAACCACGGACCAAAGUCCACAUAAUUUAACAGAAGAAAUACUUACUGUUUCAGUCACUGAGGAAAUAACAAGGGUCCUGGGAGUGAUGAGCCAUGAACUGUGGAUGGAAACUAAUGUACAUGUUUCAUAAUAUCACAGGGGUAUACUGGAUAAAUCAUUUGAGAAGAAGCUGGGACAUUUGCAUGUGUUAUUCCCUUUCUGGAACUUUCUCCCACCACACACCUUUGUCUUGUUGAUGCCUUUUUGUCCUUUAGGCCUCAACUGUCAACGGGGAUGCCUUUUCUGGUCUGGCUAGUUCUCUCUACUGUAAACUCUUCUAACCUUGUGUAGUUCUUCUUAGCACUCAUUUUAUAUUUAUUUGAGUAAUUCUUUAUCCUGUGAACUCCAAGAGAUAAAGAAGAGUUCCGUUAUUUUUUCUGGACAUUAUUGUAUCAUCACUGCCUAAAAACAAUGCCUGGCAUGGUGAUAAAUAUCUGUGAUUGAUAAAUAUUUGUUUCAUGAAGGAACCUGUGAGUGAAUUGAAUUUGGUUGGCGACAGGAAGGCCAGUACAAAGAUUCCUGCCUGCAGCCUCAAGUCCAAAUGCUGAAGGGGCCGGGUAGCUAAGGUAAACGGGUGAAGCAGACUGUGAGGAGCUUGAGUUGCUCUGGGCAACCAGAUAGAAUGUUCUGGACAGGUGCCUGCUUGGUGGAUGUUCUCUUGUUCCUUCCGUGGAGGCGGAUUCUUCUUACUCAGGGAUGUAGGCUUGAACUGUGGUAAAUAUCAAGGACUCCCCGGGAAGACAGGACUUAUGGAGUAGAGAAGACUGAGGAAACUUACACUACUCUUCAUUGAAGUCUUUCUAGAAUCCACAGCAAUGGUGACUGAAAGAGGAAAUCACGAGAUUUUAUUAACAGGUGCUGAAGAAAUAUUACUAGAAAGAUGGAGGCAAAGCUUCCCUUGCUUUUUGCUUCUGACUUGAAGAGUCACUAGAAGUCUCAGGCACUUCGGAAAUCUUGAGUGGGAAGAGGCAUUAUGGCAGGGAGGACCUUGUGGACCCAUGGAAAUCAAGAAAGCAUUGAUUUUCUGUGCAGAAUCCUGCAUUGCCUAAAACCCUGAGGCCUAUCUCCCAUAGCUUCGGUAGCUGUUCAGUCAGACAACUGUGUCUGAAUUAAUUCUGAAAAUAAUAGACCAGCCAUAAAGCAGCAUAAAAUAUUAUGAAACUAUUCCAGAAGUUCAGUAAUAUCUUUGGGACCUGCUCAUAGCCCAAGUUUGUGAAUACUUUUGUAGUUAAAAAAAUAUUUUUACUUUACUAGGGCAUUGCAAUUCUUUUCCAUCAGUGAAUUUCACUCUACAGUCUUUUCAGAGCAUCUCAUAAUCAGUCAACAAAAUCUAUUUCAAAUGUGUUUGUUACUAAGCAACGGUUGCUAAGAGCUUCUGUAAUUAAGAUGAAAGUUCCAAGGUAACAAUGCCCAAACACAGCACCAUUUUCACCAUUUUCUGAUAAUGCAGGAGGAGUAGGAUGGCUACAAGUGAAAGAAGAAUCUACUCUAUGGAAAGCAUGGCACCUGAAAUUUCUGAAGAUAUUGGCUGUUGUCUUCUAGCUUAUAUGAAAGAGAGUGUUUGUGUUUUACUAAUCAGCCAGUCAUUUUUUUCUUGUGUGGCUGAAAUGUACAUUCCAGACAUGAACAGGCCUGGUAAGGCAGAACGGAGAGCCGAGAAGGGCCUGAGGCCUCCCAGGGAGCUGGCUGGGGAGACCAGAAGGCUGCAAAGCUGGCCAACGCUUGCCAGGUGGCUGCGGAGAGUCAGCUUCAGUCUCUACAAGCCGUCCAUCCAGGCAGCUCCUGAACCAGAUCCAGGCAACUGGGCCAAGUCCCCAAGGCUGUCUCUGGGACCAGAAGGUAUAACCAAAGGGAAGCAUGGAUUUAAAUUCCAGGGCAUAAAAGAAAAGUUCAAUGUAUCUAAGAAGGUGCUGAAAAUGACUUUUUUGUAAAUGUCUAAAGGACACUGUCUUAUACCAAACCAUAUACAAUAAAAUUUUAAAUGAGCCUGAGUUCUGUUUCCAUCCGUGCCCUGUGGAGCACAUGUGACAUCAAAGGCAGCUCUGUAGGGUGCAGGGAGGAAGGAGUGUGCUUUUAUUUCUCAUUUUGGCACAAAUCCAUCAAACUAUUUUUGAUGGCUGGGAAACAAAACUUACAUUCCCUCUAAAUUCAUUGCAUUUGCCAGAUCCACCUUUGUUUUUCUACAGUGAUGGUUUCUACUUCUUCAAUCUUUGCAUUCCUCUUACUUUGAGGCUUUAUUUAGCAGGAAAAAGGCAAGAAUGAUGCUAGAUUUCAAGGGAAGCCUUAAAUAGCCCAGUUCAUUAAGCAGUCCCCUCUGCAACUUACCAUUUCUUCUCCCCAACCCCCAAUUUAAAACAGUUGUUUGUAAGACUUUUAAACAUGAACCAUCCCUCUCAUAGGAGUCUUAUGAUGUGAAAAGGAGCUGCUGGUUUCAUUUCAAUGUGGUGGGAACCCUUGGUGAUGAGCAAAUAUAGCUUCAACCUAAUGCAUGUGCACAGUGGCUGUGUGUGUGUGUGUGUGUGUGUAUAUGCAUGGUGUGUGUGUAUGCAUGGUACAUGUGUGUGUAUGUGUGUGCCUGUGAGCCUCUAGAGAUUCUGGAAUUCCAUUCAUCAUAAGAAUUAGAGAUGUCAGCAUUGCUUUCAGCAAUUCUGUCUCUUCUUUGCCACCACAGGACUGUUCCUUACGGCUUUUGAGAUGUUUCCUUCAUGAUCUGUCUUUGUGCUGCCUUGCCCCACCACCCCUCAACACUGCACUUCAGUGGAGACUGAUGCAGACGGUGCUGUUUCUAUUUCUUUUUCUUUUUUAGAGAUGUGGUCUUGCUCUGCUUCACAGGCUGGAGUACAGUCCUGUGAUCAUAGCUCGCUGCAGCCUCAAACUC